GAGCAAAUGGGCUGUACCCCAAAACGAUUACCUUUUUUUGACGUAAAUGGGCAAUGCCCGAGCUAGUUUGGGGCCAAAAGUGGGACCCCGGAGGUGAUCAUGUGAUAUGACCCCCUUAUAAAAAAAAAAACUGAAAUGACACCCCUCAUAUAUAUUGUAUGGAUACCUAGCUAUAAUAUAGUGUGUGCUGCUGUGCUAGGUUUCAUGAAUAUACCUACGGUUUGAAGUAUUUAAGUAAUUUUAACUAGCUGCUAGUGGCAAAUAUUACUAUAUAUCGAUCGGUCUAACGGGUAUGUUGUCACCGUAGUAACCUGACGAAUGUUGAUGGAAAUGCGGUGUGUCGCGAGUUUGAAUCAUGGACGAGGCCAACGCGGACGUUCACAUGACACAGGUCAAAGAUUUGCAAGCGUCGCUAUUCCCCAUUUGUACAAAAGGUACAAUAUUGUUAUGUUUAAUUAUAAUUUUCACGGUAUUUUUAAAAAUAUAUAUAUAUACAUAUUCGAGCACGUUUUUCAAAUUUCUUUUAGGUAAAUAGGUACCUACAUGUGUACGAUUACCUAUUGUAACAAUAUUAUUAUAUCAUAAAUGACCAUUUGCAUUUUUUGUGUUAUUAUUAGUGUUAAUAGGCACAUUUACUUCAGCAUAUAAAUAAUUGCGCGAUCGUUUCAAGUUAUAAUAUUGAAAUUGAGAUGGAAAAAUAAAUAGGCAGGCAUCUCAAAUAUUUAAGUAUUGAUGUUUCGCUGAAGAAAUAGUACUUUGGUAUAGGCAAUAUUUUCAUACAAAAAUUGUAUUGCGAUUGUCAACAAUCUAUGUGACUAAAUUCAUUUACCUAGGUCCUAGGUUGUUUUGAAAAAAAUGUUCGGAUAAAUAUGUAUCUACCUAUAUUACAGAAGUCUCGUCAACUGUUAUAUAUAGGUAGGUAUUAGCUAUACCAGCAGUUAUAUAGGUAUCUAUUGCUAUUUUAAAAUGUAUACCUAUAAUCUAUAAUAAAGGUAUCUAUAAUACACUGUAAAAUAAAUUUGGUGAAAAUAUUGCAGGAACCCUUUUUUUGUACAAUUAUUUUUGAUGUUUUAUAUUCACAUGUCAAUCGCGACAAUGAAAAUAUAAUAAGUGUACCUCACAAUUUAAUUUUUACCGUAGCAAAAUAAUACAUUGGUACAAACACCUACUUAGGUACAUACCUAUAUUUCAUACUAUGCCUAUAAUAAUAUUUGGUUUAUGAGUUCGUGCUAUCACACGAUAAAAUGUUUAACAGCAGCAGUGUAUCUUCUAGAACUAAUCAAUUUAAUAUAGGUAUAUAACAUUAUUGUAUGUUGUUUUUGACUAAUGGGUCGUUACAUGCCAAAAUGUCAUUGUUUUAAAUGUUUUAAUAUUAAUAUUUUGUAUUACAAACGGAAUCAAUUUACGAUUAAAGUUAUACCCACUUUAUACUUAUCUAGGUAGGUAGGUACCUACUUACUUUAUUCUAGUGUACAAUAGAGUAUUAUAUAUUUUAAACUGCUGUUAUUCGUUCGAUUUCUGUGUAUUGUGUUUGAUAUUACCUAAACUACAGUUAGUUGGAACCGAAUACUCUACAGCGUCCACUUUGUAAUUCGUUUCUUAUAUUAUAACCAGCGCAGUUUGCUAAUAAAUUAUUAUGAAAUAAUGCAGAGUAAUAAUAUAAUAUUUAUACAUUAUUGACCUUUUUGUUUUAAUUUUUAACUAUUUUAAACAUUUAUCAAAAAGAUACAAUCUAUGUAAAUUUACAUAAAAAAAAAAAAUUUAUAUUUUAAAUUCUGAUCAAAGCUAUAGUAGGAAUAGUAUUUAGGUAUGGUCCAAUGUCAUUAUAAUUUUAAAAUGAGUACGGUUUUUGUUGGAUAAAAUAAACUCUAAAAGGAUUUUUCUGCAGUUCUAUAUUGUUACACAGAUUUAAUAAUUAAACAAAGAAGUCUUUUUCAAAAUUCUCAGUAUUAUAUGAUUUGAAAAUCGAGAAAAAGUGAAAAAAAAAAAAUUAAUAUAAACAAGUGUUGUAUGUACAAUUGUUUAAAUUAUAAUAGUUACACAAAUAAAACAAUCGGUGCCUUAAAUGUUUAAAAUAGGAAAUUAUUCCUGUAUUUCACCUUCUAAUUUAUUGACUUUUUAAAUUUUAUUUUAAUAAAGGGACAUUUUUAAAUAAUUUAUUGACUCGUACAUUGAAAAAUAGUCAAGUUGAUGUGGAUGCAGACAUUGACACAACACAAAAAUUCAGGGACGUUAAGGAAGUUUAUCCAUUAAUGAAAGAAGUAGACUGUCCAUACCAAGCUGCAAGAUGGCCAAUGGAGUGUCAAGUGAGAUACUGACGAUGCAUUUAAUUUAUUAUUCGUUUUAUUUUGAAAUAAUUAAAUAUUUAUUUUUGACCUUUAAUUAAAAUUGAUAAAACACAUAAUUAUUUCCAUUUGUAUAUGAUUGAUAACGUAACUUAUAAAAACCAUUUCUAUUUAGGGAUAUUUUUUUUGUACAUUAUAAUAUAUAAAUACAGGCAUGUAUACAGUGGUAGGGACUGGGGUUUAAGUAUUCAACCCCCCUCCUCCCGAAAUUUGAAAGAUGCAUUAUUUAUUACUUUUAAAAUUCAUUAUUUUUAUACAUAUGCACAUAUUAAAAAAAAUGUAUUCAUCUUCUCUAGAAAUUAAAACAGUUAUUUGAAUGAAACUAUCUACAGAGUACAGUGGCACAAUCACUCUAUACUGCUCUCUCGUUUCAUCCAAUAUAAAGUAUUGCCCCUUAAUUUCAAUUAAUAGCAAAAUGCUAUCAAAUCUGUUCAAAAUAAUAUUUUGUGUUUUAUCUUAUUUAAAUUUAAUAUUACCACUCACCUAUGAAUCUUACUUAAAUGUUCUUAAUUUAUCUUUGAUUAGUGACAUCCAUUAGUUUGUCCUUGAUAUUAUUAUUACAUAAUUCAAAGUUUCUCCAUGCACCGGCUUUCUUGAUUGAUACAAAAAUUGAUUUUAGAUUUUACUGACUGCCUGGAACUCUAUUAUCUUAUUGUUUAAAAAUUAAAUCCUUUGACACAAGAUAACUAAAACUUUUGAAUUAAACCAUCUCUCAACAAAAUUAUGCGAUUUUAAUUGUCCCUUUAAAGAUUACAGGUUUUAAUUUGAAUUUUUAUUUACUAGCCUUAAAAUGUUGGGCAAUUUUUAUGUAAAUAAGUAUUAUUCAUUGACUGAAUACAUUAUCGUUGGGGGAGAGGUUUGAUGGGAUAAGCCAUCUCAAAACAUAAACACAGAAAUUAUCUCCCUCAAAUAUUUAAGUAGAAGUAGUCACUGUUUACUACUCUACAUAAUAAAUGUUAAGGUAAUAUAUAAUAUAUAUAAUAACUUUGAAUUAUAAAAAAUUUGGAGUAAAAAGUAAAAAGAGUAAAAAAUGAAUGUACAUUUUAUAAUUAUUUGAUACAUGUUUUUAAACAUGUAAUAUACUAUAUUGAAACUACUAAGUUAGUACAAAUUUGUGUUUUUGUUUUUUUUAUAAUUAUAUUAGUAUAACAUUAUCAAAUAAAUGUUUAAGUUUAAAUUUUGUAUUAAAAUUAAAUUCAUUGAUGUAGCUUAAAUUAUUUUGGUGUAUAAUCAAGUUUUCCUUUUAUUUAUCUUUCUUAAAUCUUCAAAGUGAUAGUUCAAAAAUGUUAAUAUAUUACAUAUAACAUACCUAAUCAUAUAUGUAUGGUAUAGGAUAUCUUAAAUAAAUCACACUUAGGUUUUUUAUAAAGUUUAAUAGUAAGAUGAUUUUUGCAUCACAGAGAGCUGCUUUGAUAUGUAAUUUUCAUUUAUUUUAUUUUUAUUUCAAUACCAGCACAAAGUACAGAAUAAUAAUUAAUAUAAUUAAAAGUGCAUAAAGCAUACAUAACAUUAGUUGGAUAUAUCAAUAGAAAGGGCAAAAAGCAAAAAAAAAAAAAAUGUACAAAUUAUAACUUAAAAAUUAAAAGAUGGAUCCUUGUUGGCAUAAAGUAUUUUACAAUUUCAGCUCCUUAUAGAAUUAUAGAAAAUGUUUGUCUAUGACAGUAUUAUUAAUUUUUUAUGUUUUAUUUCUACAUCCUUAAAAAUGUAUCUCAAAUUAGAUUCGUUAAUAGUAAUUUAGUUCGGUUAUUUGAAUAAUUAAAUAAAUAAAUAAAUAAUAUAUUUAAAUAUAUAGAAUACAAAUUGACUAUUUCGAAAAGUGAACAAAUAAAAAACUAUUUUUCUGGUGAUUAAGGGGUGAUAAUACUAAUUUAAUUUAUAUCUAAAUAUAUGUUCCCACUGAAAGAAAUUCCAAUAAGUAAAAAAAAAAACUUUAAAUAUUAAUAGAGUUAUAAACAUUUGGAAAACACUAUGGGACAUCCCCUGUAUGUAUAUAUUUAUUGGGUAAAUUAUUAAAUAUAGAAAAUAAAUCUCAGAUUACUUUUAAUAAGUUUAUUUAUUUAAUUUUUUUAAAUUCAGUACAAUAUUUAAUUAGGUAUUAGACGAUCCUGUGUCUCACGUGUAUCCAACAUCCACGUCUUAUUUAGAAAAAGAGCCUCUGUAUAAAUUUACUGGUAAAGAAAUUCAGCCUAAACAAGUGGGUGAAGAUUCAGGAGAGUUGAUAUUCAAAUAUUACCCUAUCAGCAGUGUAAAUUAUGUGAGUUUUAAGUUUUAUUAUUAUAUAAUACAGUUUAGAAGUGGGAAUUGGAUACUAUAAUUAACCAAUUCUGGCUAAGCUAUCAAAAUUACCAGAGGCCUUAUUCCUGAUUAAACUAAAUAGACCUUCUGAAUAUUGACUUCCCAUGGUUUGAGUUCACUCACUUAAUGUUUAUAUUAAAUUACUUAUUCUGAUUUUAAACCUGUUACACAUUUAUUUAUACCUAUUAAUAUCUCAUAAUAUAAAUAAUAUUAAUAAACAUUAUUAGUUUUAGUUUAGAUUCUGAGUGAAGUGAGGAAUGUAUUGGUUUUACAAUGAUGUUUAUUUUUUAUUUUUUAUCUGUAACAACUUUCCUACCAUAAAUUUUAUUCCAAUUUUAAAGUAUAGUACUUUUUCUGAAAGUAUAUCUGAUUGACGUAGUAUAUUAAGAAGAUCAUUUUUUUGAUUUUCCAGGAGUUUUUAUAAUAAAUCAGAAAAAUCGAGAAAAAACAUAAAAAAAAAUUGAAAAUGUACAAAAUGUAUUAUUUUAAAAUCGUAAAUAUUAUGGUUUUUCAAAACAUAUAAUGUAUAACAGAACUUUGCUCAGAAUUAUUGUUUGUUAGAAAAGAUUAAUCUUUGCAUACAAAUAUAUAUGUAUUACAUUUCCUCUCUACCUUUCAAACUUUUUACCUACAACUCCAGUGAUUCACCCAUUGUGUGAAGUAUGUUCGUUUGUUUUUAUAAUUUUUUAUUCUCUAUUUAAUAUAACAUUUUGAUUUUUGUUUAAAUAAUAAACCGUUAAAAGUAGUUAACUACAGUAAAACUUCCAUAUAAUGGUCACCUAACCUAACUGGAAAUAAUGACCGCUAUUUAGAGGUGACAGAGGUUUACAGAGGUUUCCUAUAGAGGCAUAAAAUUUAACCAGACCAAUAAAAUGCUUGUUACACGGAGGUGUCUUAGAAGUUUUACUGUAUUUUGAUGUUUUGUAAUUUUUGAAAAUGAACAACACACUUCUCCAAUUGAAAUAAUGACUAGGUAUCUGGAUGAUAUUAUAUUUAAAGAACUAAAGUUGCAAAACUAUUUCAUUAUAAAUGACUAAUAAAUGUAUUAAGUAAAAACAAAUUACUAGUUUAUAUUAUGUAUUUUUUAGUUGAGUAUAAUUUAGUCUCUUACAGUUUUGUCGGUCAGCUGUUGGAGGUAGUACAUGUUAUCAAGUACACAGUAAUGAAGAUCCUUCAGAUUUAAUAUUCGAAUCACGUUUUGAAUCAGGAAACUUAGCAAAAGUGGUUAAAAUCACCAGCACAUAUUAUGAAUUAUCAUUAAGAUCGGAUAUGUAUACGAAUCGACAUACACAAUGGUUCUAUUUUAGAAUAGAAAAUACAAAAAAAAACAUUAAAUAUAGGUAUGAUUGAUAUUAAAAUAAGAAAUAUUGAAAUCUUUAAAAUAAUAAUUAUUUUGUUUAUAGGUAUUGAAUUUCUGUACCUAAUAUUCAAUAUACUUAUAAAUUGUAGUAAGUUAUGUGGGAGGGGGGAAUGUUUGAAAUAAUUGCUUCUGUAAAAUAAAAUUGAAAAUUAAAAAUUUAUCAAUUUAUAAAGCUGUUGUAUGGGGAAAAAUUUUAUAUAUGUUAUUUACCUACUUAACUUUAUUAUUAUUAUUAUAAAUAUGUUAUUUUUAUUAAAAAUGACUCUAUGUUGUGAUGAUUCUAACGCUGCAAAGCAUGUAUAUGUUUGUAGGUGGUAUGAUUUUUGUUUUUAUAUUUAAUUAUUUUAGAUUUUCAAUUGUCAAUAUGUAUAAAUCUGAAAGUCUUUUUACUGCUGGCAUGCAACCAUUGAUGUAUUCUGUAAAAGAAGUCAGUCAAAAAAAUGUGGGCUGGAGACGUUGUGGAGAAAAUAUUGCAUACUAUAGAAAUGACGCUCCGUAAUUAUUUUGAUUACUUAUUUAUUUGUAUUUUCUUAAAAAAUCAUAAGACUAUUUAUAUUAUGUUUUACAAAAUAUAAUAUUUUUAUUUUCAGUAACGGUGACAGCGAGGAUAACCCAAGAUAUAUCUUAUCGUUUCUUUUAGAAUUUACAUAUGAUAUGGAUACUGUAUACUUAGCUUACAAUUAUCCAUAUACUUAUAUGAAUUUACAAGACUAUCUGAUAAAGCUCAAGGUACUAAAUAAUAAAUAUUAAUAAAUAAAUGUUAAAUAACAAAUUGAUACUUUAAAUUAGUAAAUAUUUGGAUUUUUUUUUUUUUUUGUGGAGGAUGAUCCAGUUAAAUCAGUUUUUACAAAGCUUAGAGUUCUAUGUCGUACCUUAGCUGGUAAUAAUGUUCAUUACUUGACAAUCACAGAACCUUGUCAAGAAGAAGAUCCGAAAGUAAUUUUAUAUUUUCACUGCCUAUUGAUAUUAUUAUUGUUUAUGUAAUUGUAUAAUAUAUGGGAUGUAUUGUAGCAAAAAAAAGUCAUUGUUUUAACGGCUCGUGUGCACCCAUCUGAAACUCCAUCUUCUUGGAUGAUGAAAGGGUUUAUUGAUUUUCUUACUGGCGAUUCAUUACAAGCAAAGGUAAUUUUGUACGUAGUUUUAUAAGAUGCAAAUGUAUAUUUUAUGUUAAUAAGUGGUUAAAUAAUAGAAAAAAAAAGAGCUAAUAUUUGGGAUGGGAGCGACCACUGUUGUUGGUGAGAAGUUGGGAAGGUAGGAUACAUAAGGUUAUUUAAUUAAUAUUAGUAAGCAACGAUAAACCAUUGCUUGAUGAAAGACGAUUCCGAGUACAGUUUGCUUAUACAUAAUUUGUAUACAUAAGUUCCAUAAUUUUUUUUGCGAUUUUUGUUUAAAUUUUAUUUUAAAACCCUUUUUUUUUUAAAAAAAAAGUCGUCUGAUGAUUUUGGAAAUUUUACCACAUCUAGGUAAGUCCAAUAUAAGUAUUAUUACUUAGUUUCAAAUCUCUACGUGUAUUUAUGACUGAACUACAAUAAAAAAACUCCUAAAAAUUAAAAUUCCUUAUAAGCUCAAAAGUGGUUCCAAAGUUUUGGCGAUGAUACUGUUAGAAAGUAAAUCAAAUAGUACAUUAUUGAAACCCCGCGCGUUGUGCCACCACACAAAUGAUGCUCCACUACUCUCCCCCGACCCAAACUUAAAAGUGGAAUAUCUCGUUAACGGAUUUAUGGAAAUUACAAAUUUAAAUACUAAAAUUGUUUUUAACUACUACUCCAUCUAUUUAUGAAAUUUUAAAUAUAUGUUGCCAUAUGAAAAUUGAAAGCAGGUAGUCGUUUUACCCCCAAAAAUUAGGGUGGCAAAAAAUAAUGUAAAUGUAAAAUUUUAAAACAGCUUGUUUCUUAGAUGUUCUUUAAAAUAAAUUUCUAAAAAAGUUAGAUUGAUAGAUAGAUAGAUAGAUAGAUAGAUUGAUCACUCCGUAUACUAAUAUAUUAACAUUUAAAACUUGUUUGAUAUUAUAAUGCUUCUUAUAAUAUGUUCUUACUAGAGACCGAUUUAUAUGCUCUGCUCUUAAAAUCCACAUGAAAACACUUGAAAACGUCAAAAAAUCUACUGGAUUUAACUUAUAAAUACAAUUUCUAAAGGUACGGUUUCCAAGGCGCGCCGGUCGCCGCGACAAUCGCCGUCCGACUGUUGGUAUGUAAUUCCUAUUGACUGGUUUCCAACGAGCGACUCAACUUUACGUGGCGACCGGUGACACUACCGGUCCGAGAGCAGUGUAUUGCGACUGUCACGCGCGACCGUUGAUUUAUUUCAUUCACAAACCAGCUUUUGGGUAGUGUAUUUCGACUGUCCCGUACAGCAAUAUGGCUAAAUUGCAUUUUUCGGGAGAAGAACAAUAACUGAUCGAAAUGGUUUUUAUUAACACGAAAAACCUCGCGAAAUUUUGUUUCAUUUCGUAUAAAUGUCUAUUUAUUAACAUUUCAAAGUAUCCUUCACUUUUUCUAUUAAGAAAAAGAGCAUCAACUUUUUCUCUCUGAUCGCAUUGUGUUGUAAUUAAUAAAUCAUCAUCCUCUUUCUCUUCUUCAAGAAGAAGUAACAUUAUUUUAUUAUUGUAUUCAUACUCAUAGUAGUAAAUGCACAAUUUAACUUUAAAACACUAGCUCUCACUGCACGAAAACCACAAUGAUACUGAAUACAGAUACAGAAUUUGACGGUUUUCUUUACGUCUUUACGUCGAGACUGGUCUCCGCGACCCGUCGCGCCUUGGAAACCGUACCUUAACACUGCUACAGUGAUUAAUAUAAUUAACUCUCCCUCAUCCAUGCUAUAAUUAAUUUUUUUUAUUUAGGAAGACUAUCUUUAUAAUAUUUUUUUGUUAGUAUAUUAUUAUUAUUAUUUUUUUUUUUUUGUGUAAUGACUGAGGAAUAUUGUGUUAUUACGUCUCUAAUAAAAAAGAAAAAGUAACUUUUUUUAAAUACUAUUUACGAUUUUAUUUAAAAGAAAUUAUUUUGUAUGAAUCAAUUUUGUAGUGUUAGGUAAUUUAAUUUAAUAAGUUAGAGCCAUUAGUGGGGGGGGGGGGCUUUUAAACUACUCUAUCAUUUUUGCUUUUUAAAAUGUAUGUAAAUGCUUUUUUGCAGGGAUUUUUUGAGGUUUUAAUGCGCCUUUUUGUGGAUUAUAAAAGAAUAUAAAUUCGGUCUCUAGCUAUUAGACAGGACUAAAAAUUCAAAAAUUAAAUGUUUGAAAUAACUUUAAAAUUAAGUUUUACAUAGUUCAUUGAUAAUAACAUAAAAAUUAAAUUCUGAUUUCAUCAAAAUGUCGAGCAUAAAAAUAAUAACAUUUAAAAAAAAUUGUAAUUUUUAUGGUAUUUUAUACAUAAAAACAUUAUUUUUGGAAAUCGAACAUUUUGAAGUUUUUUUUUACCAUUAUUUUUAACGGGAGUUUGAGAUUUUUUUUAAGUACCAUCAAAUUAACCAUUAUGAAAAACACACAUUUUUCAAAAAAUAAUUACAAAAAAUCGAUUAAGAGCUAAAUUACUUUUUUGCCAAAUAAACUAGUAACAAAAUGAUAUUUGUAUUUAAUAAUUAUGUAUUAAAUCUAUAUUAUGUUUAAUAGGAAUUAAGGAAUCGUUUUAUUUUCAAGUUAAUACCGAUGUUAAACCCAGAUGGUGUGAUUGUGGGUAACAGUAGAUGUUCAUUAAAUGGACGCGAUUUAAAUCGACAAUAUCGUAGCGUCAUCCGAGAUGCACAUCCUGUAAUUUGGCAUACGAAACUAAUGCUUCGGAGGUUGGUAUACUUUUAGGUUUCUAUAAAUUACGUUGAGAUUUACUUGUAGUUAUACUUUUUUAAAAGACUAAUAGAAGAACGCCAGGUUGUGAUGUUUUGUGAUUUACAUGCGCAUUCAAGAAAAUCAAAUAUUUUUAUGUAUGGUUGCGAAGGAAAAGGUCACGACGGACGAAAACUGCAGGAACAGAUUUUUCCACUUUUAUUACAUAAAAAUGCUCCGGAUAAGGUAAUAUAGUUAAAUUUUCAUAAAAAAAUAAUGCUAUCAAUACGUUUUAAUAAUACAUUUUUUUUUGACAUUGACUGUUUCGUUUCUAUUAGUUUUCAUUUGAAGAUUGCAACUUUAAUAUACAACGAUCGAAAGAAAAUACGGCUCGAGUUGUUGUAUGGUUGAUGGGUGUCGAAAAUAGCUACACAAUUGAAGCUUCAUUUUGCGGUUCGACUCUUGGUUCCCGGGCGAACACUCAUCUCAACACCAAAGAUUUCGAAGAUAUCGGACAGACGUUUUGUGAAACUUUAUUGGACUACUAUAAUGAAAAUCCACGCAAUGUUUGUUAUAUUUCAUAAACCAUUAACCGAUUAACCCAAACAUAUUUACUACGCUAGUGUUAUUGUGUUAUAUAUUUCUUUGACAUUUCAUAGGAAAGAAUGAAAUUAAAAAUAUGCAGCAGACUAAUGGACCAAGGUUCCACUGCAGAGCAACCUAAAAAUAUAGAGAUAUCUGAUUAUUCAAGGUAAAUUACAUAAUAUUUAACUGGUAGAAAAUAAGCUAUUUUAUUUUAAUUCCGAUCGUAGCGAGGGAGCUAUUGGUUUUACUAAGAUGUUUAUUUCUUUUUUUUCUUUGUUCUAGUCUGUGGACACGAUUUUUCCUGGUAAACUUUCUCCGAUUUUUAUGUAUAUUUAUUUAUUUGAAAGCUCAAGUUGUCUUGAUGAUACUUUAAACAAAAGCACUUAAGUGGGGAAAACUGUAGGAAAACGUACAAUUUCAAGAUUUCAUUAUUUUAUAAAAACACGGACGAUGUUUUCUACCAGAAAAAAUAAUUUAAUUGAAAAUCAUAAGCUACCUUUUUUAUUACCCGUUAAAUUUACUUUCUAUUGGUAUCACGGUCAAAACUUUUGAGCCAUUUUUAAGGUUUUAAAGAAUUUUAAUUUUUGAGUUUUUUGCUGUAAUUCGGUUAUAAAUACGUAAAGACUUGAAACUUGGUAAUAAUACUUUUAUUGGACUUACCUAGACGUGGUAAAAUGUCCAAAAUCAUUAGAGAACUUUUUUUUAAAAAAAAAAAACAGGUUUUGAAAUCAAUUUAAAUAAAAAUAGCAAAAAAUAUUACUGCACUUCAAAUUAUGUAUAACUAAACUGUACUUGGAAUCGUCUUUCAUCAAGCAAUGGUUUAUCGUUGCUUAAUUAUAUAAAUGAAAUAACCUCAUGUAUCCUACCUUCCCAACUUCUCAUCUACAGCAGCAUCUGCUCCCAUCCCCAUUAUCAGCUCCUUUUGUUAAUUUUGCCUUUGUACAAAAAUUAUAAAUAGCUCAAAUAUAAUUGAAUUUAAAUGUAAAUGUAAAUGUAUUUUUAAAUAUUUAACCGGAUAUUAGUUUUCAGUUUUUAAAUAACUCAAUGCUCUUGUUGGUACAAUAUUUUUAUGUUUAAGAGGACGCUAUACUCUCAUGUGCUGUUUCAAUCAUUGAUUCAUAUGACUUUGGUUAGUAGGAAAAAGUCUGUUAGUUUUAAUAUCACAAUAAAUUAACUUAUUAUCAAACUUAAAGAUAAGAACAUUGUGUGUGUUAUGUUGUCGUUUUUUUUUUAUUAAAUUGUGAAUAAUUGAAAAAAAAAACAACACACACUGAUAAUAGAUAAUUAGAAUUAUAAAAAUGAAACUAACAGUACAGAUUUCUCCCAAUUAAACAGACAUGGUUGUAUGAUGGAGACAGUAAAUUCUGAUAUGACCUUCUCUUAAUGAGAUGUUUCUUUUUCAAAAUUAUGAUUAUUGGAAAAAAUAAAUUUUUGUUGUUUUUAAAAAUGAUUAAUUCUUAUAAAACAAUAAAUUAUUUGCUUUAAGUAUUAAAAUCCUAUUUAGUAAAUUUAAUAUAGAUUUUGUGUUACAUUUUAUUAUACAUACAAAUUAUAAUAGAUGCAUAAAAUAGGCACAUUUAAAAUAAUAAAUUGAAUAUUAUUUGUAUUAUUUUUAGAUUCUGAGUGUAGCAAAGAAGCUUUUAAUCUUAUUAAAGUUUAUUUUGCUCAUAUGAAACUUUUUUUGUUAGUAAAAAAACUCUUGAUUUUUUCAUAUAGCACCUUAAAAAAUAUCAUUUUGUAGUAAAUGGUACUUAAUUUGAACUAUUAAUAGUUAUUUCCUGAAUUUUUUCCAAAAGUUGAGCUUUAUGUUAUUUUUGAAAACAAAUUUAUGGCAAGUGAAAUAUUCUGAUUUUCCAGUUCACAUGUCCUUUUUUUGUUUAUAUUUCUUGGAAAAAACUUUUUUGGUUAAAAAAAAUGCUCCAAAUUAUUUGCAUCACUUUUAAAGAUGCCAAUUUUUAAAAAAUUAGUUCUUUUUUGAAAAACGUCUUGUUUCCCUAUAGUUUUUCCAACAAAUUAAAAAAAUUAAACUCAAAAUAUUGAUAUGUAUUAGUUUUAUUUUUAUUAAUUUCUGCAGAAUUACUUUGGCUUCAAGUGAAAAAUAUGACCAAUUUUAUAAACACUAUUCCACCCAGAAUCGUUUUUUAAUUGCAAUGGUACAUCUUUCCUUUUAAGUUAUAAAUUACAUUACCCUUUAGAUGUUUAUUUUUAACUUUAUAGAAGUUUGUUUGAACGUUUACUUAAUAACUAUUAUUCUAUUGUCAUUUUAUUUUAAAGUAGUUAUUUGUAUUAUUAUAGUGAUGAGAGUUCAUCUAGUUUAUGUGAAGAAAUUAUAGAAAAAUUGAGUUUUGAAGAUGUUACAAGUUCUCCAUCAAAAUUGUCAAUUAUUGUACCACCAAGCACACCAGUUGUUCCAAAACGAAAAUCAAGAAAAAGAAAAAAAAAAAAAGAAAAUCAAAAGAUUGUACAAACCAAACUAUAAUGUCAGAAUUAAUAAUUGCUGUCUAUACUGUUAAUACUAAUUGGUAUAAUCUGUAAUUAUGCAGGGUAAAUUGAAUUUUGAUAUACUAACAAAUAUAUCUAUAUUAGAUAUAAAAUUACAUUAUAGAAAUGUUAAGACAAACAUGUAAAAUUGUUGGUACAUAAUCAUAAUCUUACUUGGUCUAAUAAUUUUGAUUUUUGAAAACCCGUCAAUUUAAUAUAUUAAUUUAUGUGAACUAGGUAAUGCUCAAACUAAAGUUAAACAAUUAUUUUAUUACAUUAUGCCUAUCUUAAUAUUUUUAAUAUUUUGAAUAAGAAUUUAAUGAAUUAUCCAUCCAUCCUGAAGUAUAAAUUUGAUUAUUACACUAAAAAAUAAUUUUAUGCCUGAUGAUGAAUAAUUUAUAAUUUAUGUAUAGGUAACAAAGUUUAUAUCUAAAUUAACCUAGACCUUCAUUUAUUUCUUUAAUAUGACUAUGACUUAACACUCAAUGUCUACUAAUUAAAUAGGUAAUAUAAUAUGAUUCUAACUUAAUAUUUUUUAUUUAUAAUAUUUUUCAAAC